CUCAGCCCCCGGGGUUCUUUAAAUGGGACCCCGGCGUCCGGGACUCCGCUGCGGCUCAGGGCAGGUCCCGGGCGCUGGGUUCCCCAGGGCGGCCCCUGGCGGCGGAGCGCGGCGCUGAGAGGUCCCAUGCCCUACGGUGCUGCCCCACUCAGGAUGUCGGUGCCCCUGGCCGAGCUCCCCACCAGCCCCCUGGCCCUGGAAUAUCUCAACGACUUUGACCUGCGGAAGUUUGAGGUCAAGCGCGAGCCGGCCGGCCCAAUGGGCGGGGCCUCCCUGGACCCCUCCCCCUGCAGCUCAGUGCCGCCCUCCCCCACGCUGAGCGAAGCAGGGCUGGGGGAUGGAGGGGACCCCAAAGCGGGGCUGGAGGAGCUGUACUGGCUGGCCGCGCUGCACCAGCAGAUGGCGGGGGGUGGGGAGGGCCUGGGGCUCAGCCCAGAAGAGGUGGUGGAGGCCCUGCUGGGGGGGGCGGCCGAGGGGGGUUUCUGCCCUGGGGGGCCGCUCCAGCCGCAACAGCAGCCGUAG